AUGUUCGUACGAAUUCCGCAGCUCGUCAAGCUGCUACUUUAUUUGCAGCCACGAAUGCUGCGCGCCGAUCUCAAAGUCACCCAAUCCGCCCCCACCCAUCCAAAUCCCGCCAAUGCAGUUAGUUCCUGGCCUAGUGCUUUCUCCGCGCGCACGGCAACAGAGUUGCCCGCCUCUGCUAAUGACAGCGAUACGAUGGUCGGCGUCGCUGGUCGCAGUAAAGGUUGCAGGACCUGCCGUCGUCGGAGGGUAAAAUGCGACGAGACCAAGCCCCUCUGCACCAGGUGUCUCAAAGCUGGCUACCAAUGUGAAGGCUAUGUACAGUAUGCCGAAUUUAUCGAUGUGACAUCCCAGGUCUCCAGCAAGAAGUUGUCGGAGAGAGGCUCCACAUCUGGCGCCAACGCUACUCGCAAUGUACCUGCAUGUUCGAGUUCGAGCGCCGCGAGCCCCGGCUCCUAUGAGCUACCCCUGAUUUCAAGCUCGGUCAAUCUCCCAUUGAACGAGAAAGAUGUAUUCAUAACGCACCUGAUGAGCCGGCUAUUCUCGUGGCACGAAGACCCUUCUUCACCACAAUCCGCUUCUUGGAUAGAAAUCCUACUCAGAGGACCCGAGGAUGAAACGUCAUUAUCCUUCUCCUCGAUUCACGCACUGGCGACGGUGUAUUUUGCCAAGGUACAUCGUCAAUCUAGCUUGAUGAGACAAGGUGCUCGUCUCUACUCACGUGCACUUCAAGCUCUUCAAAUGAACCUGCAAGAUCCCAUCCUAUGCAUGGAGGAUGACCUACUCGUUGCAAUCAUUUGCCUCGCGAUCUAUGAGUUGGUGGCUUUCACACAGCCAGCAGGUUGGUUGCAUCACUACAAAGGCCUGGCGCGACUGACGGCCUUGCGAGGCCCCGCACGACACCAAUCUGGCGUUGCCUUAGCCCUUCUACCAAUGCUGAGAUCAUGUAUUACCAUAGGUUACCUGAUUGAGCGCAAGCGCUGUUUUCUUGAAUCACUCGACUGGAAAACCAUCCCCUGGGCAGACUGCGGCCUAGGUGCUAAGACGCCCAAUGAUGAGCUACAAGACUUGCUUUGUGACAUCCCCGGUCAUGUUGAAGACGUGGAUCAAUUCUUAUCGUGGAGCACGGACGAACGAUCAAAGGCCGAGUUUCGGUCUGCGCUAUGUGCGCGGAUCUUCGCAACCUUGGAGGCCCUCUAUACCUGGCGAUGGAAAUGGGAGCAAGAAUUCCCUCGUUCGACGUAUUUGAUUGCCCCGGGGGGGCUGGAUCCGGAAACCCACCAACCAUUACCGCCCAGUCCAUUUUCAAGUGUGAUCUGGUUCUCGGAUCCAUAUCGCGCAGGGGAGCUGAUGACUUACAAUGCUGGUCGUCUGAUUGUGACAAGGGCGCUCGAAACAAUAGGAGUUUGUAUUGACACACCGCCAUCCGAUGAGCCUCGAAACGAUCCGCUUCUACCUAUGCAGGGUACGAGAUACGACGUUGCUGUCGAGAUUUGCCGCAUGGCAGAUUAUCACCUACACUCUUUCCGUCGAAGCUCGGGUGCAUUCAUCAUCAUCUUUCCGUUGAACGUGGCACGUCUGCACCUCGAUGAAGACGAUGGAGAGAUCAAAGCUUGGCUGGAAAAGGUCAUGUCGAUCGUUGCAGACUCGCAUGGAUUCGAGGUUGGACGCCGGGAAAACCAGCCACGGCAGAUUUAUCAGAGACAGAAGUCACAAAUACAAAAUCAUUGA